AUGAAGUGGCAAGGCGCUAUUCACUCCCUCUUCAAGGGAUUCAGCUUUAAGCUCGUCUGUGCCGGACUCAGCUUCGGCCUGUCUGGCAUGUCGAGGGGACUCGACGAGGGCAUCAUCUCAACAACCGUCGCUCAGGAAUCCUUCAUCCACGAAUUCGACCUCCGUGCUGAAUAUCUCGAUGCCUCGCAGCAAGCGAAUCGUCUUUCGAAUAUCACCUCCAUGGUGCAUAUUGGCAGUAUCCCGGGCGCCCUGAUCGCGUUCUUCCUGUGUGAACGAAUCGGCAUGCUCUGGUCCAUGCGACAAUUGUGUGUUCUAUGGUUAGUAGGAGUGAUUGUUGUUAUCACAGCAGAUGGACGACUAGGCCAGAUAUACGCUGGACGAUUGGUGAUGGGCUUGGGCAUUGGACAGGCGGGGAUAGUGGCACCGACGUAUCUGGCAGAGAUUGCACCUCGACAGGCACGAGGAUUUAUGGUGUGUUUAUUUGGGAUAUCAGAGUAUAUUGGGAUCAUGAUUGGAUACUUUUCUGCCUGGGGUGCUGCACUGCAUAUCUCGAACCAUAGUUCAACCCAGUGGAUUAUCCCGCAGAGCAUACAGAUAAUCGUGGCAGGAUUGCUCUGCAUAUUCUCAUUCUUAUGCGAAGAAAGCCCUAGAUAUCUCUGCAAAAUCGGAGAUUGGGAAGACGCAAGAUGCGCCCUGGGAAGACUGUGGAAUCUCCCUCGCGAACAUCAUCUGGUCUCAUCAGAAAUCGAGAGCAUCCAGAAUCAGCUCGCGACGGAAGUGCAACAAAGCGCUGGCACAUCGUGGAUGAGUGCAUUGAAAGAGUUGUUUACUGUUGUGGCGAACCAAAAACGACUGCUGUUUGUUAUAUCAGAGCAGAUUGUGAGCCAGUGGUCGGGGGCGAAUUCCAUCACGACCUAUGCACCUGAACUAUUCGCACUAUUUGGCAUGACUGGACAGUCGGAGAAGCUAUUCACUACUGCCGUCCUCGGAGCAAUCAAAUUCGUUGCAUCCCUCCUAUGCGCCAUCUGCCUCAUCGACCACAUCGGACGAAAGCGGUCUUUGGUGUCGGGCAUUCUGAUACAGCAAGUGGCAAUGCUCUACAUAGCCAUCUACCUUACUGUCGAUCCAUCUACAGAAUCGUCAUCAGUCAAAAGAGCAGCUAUGGGAGCAGUCGUAUUCAUGUAUUUUGUUGGUAUUGGCUGGGCGAUGGGAUGGAACUCGAUUCAGUAUCUCAUCAAUGCUGAAGUCUUCCCACUGCGAGUUCGAGCGAUCGGGUCAAGCCUCCUGAUGUGCUUCCACUAUGCCAAUCGUUAUGGAAUAUCCAAGGCCGUCCCGUCGAUGUUACUCCAAAAUGCCAUGCAGCCCAAAGGCACAUUUUGGUUUUUCUCCGCCAUGACAUUUCUUGGCUUUCUGUGGACGUGGUUUCUACUGCCUGAAACAGCAGGACGGAAUCUGGAAGAAACAACGGAAUUGUUUGGUUGA